AAAGAGCGCUUCCUGCAAUGUGGGCGCUGUGCAAAGCUGAGGCGCUGAGGUUUUUCCACCUUAUUGCGGGGAUCGGGACAUGAGCCCCUGAGCUGAUUUCUUCACUCGGCAGCCCACACAUGAUGGUAAAGAAAAGAAUGUCUUCCAAUGACUUGGUGUUCAGAUUUGAGAUCCCCGGAAGCCCCAGGACAGCCGGCACGGCUCCCAACAGCCCCAGGGCCCCGCUCAGCCCCGCUGACAGCCCCAACUCCGUCUUCCUCAGCUCCGAGGCUGAGAAUGGCGUGGAGGAGAAGAAGAGGUUGUCCAGGUCGCCCACGAUCCAGUCCCCCACCCUGUCCAGUGAGGCCGAGUCCCCAGACCAGAGGAAAAUCAUUUGCCUGCGCCCACAUCUUCUCUCCAAAUCUCUACUUCAUUCAGGACCACGCGUAAUCCACUAGUUCUGAGAAUGCUUGUUUAGUGCGUGAGAAGAACGACUGUAAGACAGAGGACAAGAAUGACUCCAAGAUGGACCGGAAAAAGUCAUCCUCCUCCUCCAGCCAGUACAAAGCCAACAUGCACUUCCACAAGCUGUUUCUUGACGUCCCCACAGAGGAGCCGCUGCAGCAAAGUUUUACCUGUGCUCUCCAGAAAGAAAUACUGUAUCAAGGAAAGCUCUUCGUAUCAGAAAACUGGAUUUGUUUUCAUUCCAAGGUCUUUGGGAAAGACACCAAGAUCGCCAUUCCGACUUUCUCGGUCACCCAGCUCAAGAAAACCAAAACUGCCCUGCUGGUGCCAAAUGCCCUGGUCAUCACCACAGUCACGGACAGGUACAUAUUUGUCUCCCUGCUCUCCAGAGAUUCCACUUACAAGUUAAUAAAAUCUGUGUGUAGUCACUUAGAGAAUACAAGUGUUGCUAACAGUCCCAACCCGUCUUCUCUUGAGAACAGUUUCCGGGCAGACCGCCCUUCGUCACUGCCUCUGGAUUUCAACGAUGAAUUCUCAGACCUGGAUGGAGUGGUUCGGCAAAGAAGGAAACACAUGGAAGGCUACAGCAGUUCUGGUUCUCAGACCCCAGAAUCAGAGAACUCUCGAGAUUUCCUUGUGGCCGAAUCCCAGGCAGCUUUGAAUGUCUCCAAGGGAGAAGUCAAGCCAGCGCGGGUAGAUGCCCAUGUGAACAGAGUGCCUGAAGGAAAAGCUAAAAGCCUCCCAGCCCAUGGUCAGCCAGAAACCACAGGGAUCCUACACAAAGUAAAACCUCAGAAAUGUCUGAGUCUCCAUCAUAUUCUUAUAUUCUAUGCAGUUGUUGUCUGUGUACUAAUCAUCUCGACCUUCUACAUGAGAUACAGAAUUAAUACCCUGGAGGACCGGCUGGGGUCACUCACCACCAAUGUGGACACCCAUCCUAAUGAACAGACAGCACCAUCCGGCCUGGGGUCACAAGUUCAAUUAAAUGUGGAGGUCCUCUGCCAAGAGCUUACAGCUAACAUAAUGAAAUUAGAAAAGAUACAAAACAACUUACAAAAGCUACUUGAGAAUGGUGACUGACCAACCCGAGGACCUGGGCCUCCCAGAAACCUCAGGCUUCCCUUAGAAGACAAUGCUCCCGACCGGGCCUAGGAAAGUGGAAAGUGCUCCCUGCUGGCGGAGGAGCAAGUGAGCGAGCAGACGGGCAGCUGGACAGGGGCACAUGUGCACCAAGGAGGUGUCCGCUCAGGCAAGGGGUGGGGGGAGCUUCAGUUCUUGUGCAAUAAAAGUUGACCUUGGCUCUGAGUUUUCCCAGCUGCUGCCUACAGCACAUUAACCUCUCUGGGAGGUCUCAGAAAGGGGCAGGGGUGCCUCUCAAAUGGUGGUGGUGACAGUCAGCCAACACUCCACUCCCUGCUCCUCAUUCCCCCAUACCCCCCCAAAAAAACAAAA